AUGGUCCUGAAUUUUCAUCAAAAGAGUUUAGAGACUUUACACUGCCAGAAUCAACAAGGACAUUGUGAAGCUGGAGUGAAAAUAGCUAAAUCUAUUCUACUUCAAGACGAUAUAUUUCAAGCAUUGAGUGCUUAUCGUACUACACCACUACUAUCAACAGGAUAUUCUCCAUCACAACUUACGAUAGGAAGAAAUAUUAGAACAGAAUUAACAUCACUUCCAUCUAAAUGGCCUAGCUAUAAUGAUGUAAAAAGGAAGGAUGAGAAAAAGAAGAAUGAUUGUGAAUAUCACUAUAAUAAACGUCAUGGUGUUCGUCCAUUAUCAACUUUAAAAGAAGGUGAUCCAGUCAGAUUAAAAAUUGAUACUGAUAAAACAUGGUCAAAGAAAGGAGUAAAAAUAGAACAUACAUGGUUAAAACAGCUGAUGGUCAAUUCAGAAGAAAUCGUCGACACAUUCAGAAGGUUACUACUUCUAAAACAACUACCAAUACACCAGUAUCAAGUUCGAGAACUGAAGCUAUAA